AUGGUGUUCGCGUGGAAAGCAGCUGGUUUGAGCUACAACCGCUACCUGGCCGUCGCAUCCCGCGUCGUGCGCCGAAGCUUGAAGGAGGAAAAGAGACUACUUGCCGAACGACGAGGAGAUAUGGACCUGCGAUUUGCUAAAUGGGAGAACGGCAAGAUGAGUGAGCUGAGACCCUUAGCUGAAGCCAACGCAGCCGCCGCUGUUUCAUCCGCUUCCGGUGGUUCGUCAUAA